AUGUCUGUGUCCAUGCUUACAAGAAGAUCCAUCAGAUUGGCACCUCGAUGCCUGGCCCUACAUGCAAGUCCCGCCGCCGUCGCUGUUCAGGGACUCCGUUACAAUUCAACUACACCAGCAACACCAAAGGAACCGACCGCAGUGGAAGUAGACCCUAAGAUUUCAACUAUAGUGGAUUCCAUCUCUAAAUUGACUCUUUUGGAAACGUCUGCUUUGAUAACUGAAUUGAAAACGAGGUUGAAUAUCCCCGAUAUCGCCAUUUCAUCUGGUGUUCCAGCUGGAGGUGCUGUGGGUCAAGCAGGUGGUGCUGCUGGUGCAGCUGAAGCUGAAGAAGAUGCUAACCAAGGUAAGGAAGAGGAAAAAUCAAUUUUCACAAUUAAAUUAGAAGCAUUUGAUGCCAAGACUAAGGCUAAAGUCAUUAAGGAAGUUAAGAGUUUAUUAGGUUUGUCACUAGUGGAAGCUAAAAAAUUCGUGGAAGCAGCUCCAAAGGUAUUAAAGGAAAAUGUGGGUAAAGAGGAUGCUGAUAAGAUUAAGACAACAUUAGAAGGAUUGGGUGCCAAAAUCAGUUUGGAAUAA